GAGUCGCAGGCAGCGGCCCCCGGGGAAGGUGUUUCAGGCCGGCCCGGGUGGAGAGUGCUUCCCGCCGCCUCCCCGACCCUCUGCUGUUCCUCUCAAACUUCUUCCCAACCUUCCACGCCGGGGGGACGCCCAGGGACCGCCCAUUCCCCGGGACCGCCCGUCUCCCCGCCCCCGCCUCCGCCCCCGACAAACUGAGCAAUACCCAGAGAGGAUGGAAAUGGCGAAGAGGCCUGGCGCCUGCCCGCUCCCGCGCAUGCUCCCUGACUUCACCAGGGUCACGCUGCAGCCCGCAGGAAUGAAAAUCCACUUCUCCGCAUUUUCGAGGUGACCUGGAAGCGGUUCAACUGCUCUGGCUUCUCAGAAGAGGAGGGGACCGGGCGGUAACGAGGAGCCAAGGGGAGGAGACUGCUCGCAAAACCCGGAAAAGCUUUCCCGAUCCACUCUGCCAGCCUCCGUGCGCCUCCAGACAUGCGUAGUAGCCUCCCCCGCGGUGGCGGCGGCGGUGGCUGCCGUGGCGGCUGAGAGUCCAGAGCCGGACGUUCCGGCCGCUUCGGGCUGGCGGCUGGAGAGCGCUCGGGUCAUGUCUGCCCAGGGGGACUGCGAGUUCCUGGUGCAGCGAGCCCGGGAGUUGGUGCCGCAAGACCUGUGGGCAGCCAAGGCGUGGCUGAUCACGGCCCGCAGCCUCUACCCGGCAGACUUUAACAUCCAGUAUGAGAUGUACACCAUCGAGCGGAAUGCAGAGCGGACCGCCACCGCCGGGAGGCUGCUGUACGACAUGUUUGUGAAUUUCCCAGACCAGCCGGUGGUGUGGAGAGAAAUCAGCAUUAUUACAUCAGCAUUAAGGAACGAUUCACAGGACAAACAAACCCAAUUUUUAAGAAGUUUAUUUGAAACUCUUCCUGGUCGGGUCCAGUGUGAAAUGUUACUAAAGGUCACGGAACAAUGCUUCAACACGUUAGAACGAUCAGAAAUGUUGCUUCUACUUUUGAGGCGCUUCCCUGAAACGGUGGUGCAGCAUGGGGUUGGCCUUGGGGAGGCACUAUUAGAGGCUGAAACUAUUGAAGAACAAGAAUCUCCAGUGAACUGCUUUAGAAAAUUAUUUGUUUGUGAUGUCCUUCCUCUAAUAAUUAACAACCAUGAUGUUCGAUUACCUGCCAAUUUAUUAUAUAAGUACUUGAACAAAGCAGCUGAAUUUUAUAUCAAUUAUGUCACUAGGUCUACUCAAAUAGAAAAUCAGCAUCAAGGCGCCCAGGAUACAUCUGAUUUAAUGUCACCUAGCAAACGUAGCUCUCAGAAGUACAUAAUAGAAGGGCUGACGGAAAAAUCAUCCCAGAUCGUGGACCCUUGGGAGAGGUUGUUUAAGAUUUUGAAUGUUGUUGGAAUGAGAUGUGAAUGGCAGAUGGAUAAAGGAAGACGAAGCUAUGGAGAUAUUUUGCAUAGAAUGAAGGAUCUCUGCAGAUACAUGAACAACUUUGAUAGUGAAGCACAUGCAAAAUAUAAAAACCAAGUGGUGUAUUCCACCAUGCUGGUCUUCUUUAAGAAUGCAUUCCAGUAUGUCAACAGCAUACAGCCAUCUCUCUUCCAAGGUCCUAAUGCCCCGAGCCAAGUUCCACUGGUUCUUCUUGAAGAUGUAUCGAAUGUGUAUGGUGAUGUAGAAAUUGAUCGUAAUAAACACAUCCAUAAAAAGAGGAAACUAGCUGAAGGAAGAGAAAAAACCAUGAGUUCAGAUGAUGAAGACUGUUCGGCGAAAGGAAGAAAUCGUCACAUUGUAGUCAAUAAAGCCGAACUUGCUAACUCCAUUGAAGUGUUAGAAAGCUUUAAAUUGGCCAGGGAGAGCUGGGAGUUACUCUAUUCCCUAGAAUUCCUUGACAAAGAAUUUACAAGGAUUUGCUUGGCCUGGAAGACGGAUACUUGGCUUUGGUUAAGAAUCUUCCUCACUGAUAUGAUCAUCUAUCAGGGUCAAUAUAAAAAGGCGAUAGCCAGCCUGCAUCACUUAGCAGCUCUCCAGGGAUCCAUUUCUCAGCCACAGAUCACAGGGCAGGGGACCCUGGAGCAUCAGAGGGCACUCAUCCAGCUGGCGACGUGCCACUUUGCGCUAGGGGAGUACAGAAUGACAUGUGAAAAAGUCCUUGAUUUGAUGUGCUACAUGGUACUCCCCAUUCAAGAUGGAGGCAAAUCCCAGGAGGAACCCUCGAAAGUAAAGCCCAAAUUUAGAAAAGGUUCGGAUCUGAAGCUCCUGCCUUGUACCAGCAAGGCUAUCAUGCCAUACUGCCUGCAUUUAAUGUUAGCCUGUUUUAAGCUUAGAGCUUUCACAGACAACAGAGACGACAUGGCAUUGGGGCAUGUGAUUGUGUUGCUUCAGCAAGAGUGGCCACGGGGCGAGAAUCUUUUCCUGAAAGCUGUCAAUAAAAUUUGCCAACAAGGAAAUUUCCAAUAUGAGAAUUUUUUCAAUUACGUUACAAAUAUUGAUAUGCUGGAGGAAUUUGCCUACUUGAGAACUCAGGAAGGUGGGAAAAUUCAUCUGGAAUUACUACCCAAUCAAGGAAUGCUGAUCAAGCACCACACUGUAACUCGAGGCAUCACCAAAGGCGUGAAGGAGGACUUUCGCCUGGCCAUGGAGCGCCAGGUCUCCCGCUGUGGAGAGAAUCUGAUGGUGGUUCUGCACAGAUUCUGCAUUAACGAGAAGAUCUUGCUCCUUCAGACUCUGACCUGAGUGGAGACCUUUCCACCAGACACAGCUCGGGGCUGUGUAAUUGUAGGAGAAGACACUCAGCAGUGAUUGCCAUGGCACAGAGCCGUGGUCAUUGUUGCUGUUACAAAGAAGAAAACCAUCUGAGUUCUAACUCCUUGGUUGCUUAAGAGUAGUUGCCAAGAGUCUGAGAAGCUAUUUCUAUUUUUAAGAGUCAUUUUUUGUAAUUUUUGUAAAACAAAAGUCCCGAUCUGUUUUGUAAAUAAAAAUCAUCCUAAAAUUUGAA